CAUAGCGCCUAAAAUUACUAAAUUUACAUCUUCCACACCCAAAAUUUACUAUUUACAUAAAACUACAUCGUAGUUAACCGGGACGCUUCAUAUGUAAACAUUAAAUUUUGGGACCAUCACUCCAUAUAAACUCCCCAUAACCAAACAGAUCUGAGAAAAAAACUCAAAACUCAGACAUCAAUGGCGGACGAAGUGAAGUUAUUGGGUUCCUGCAAGAGCCCUUUCAGCCGCCGAGUUGAGAUCGCCCUCAAGCUCAAAGGCGCCUCCUUUGAGCUCUCCGAUCUGGACGUCUUCUUCUCCAAGCCGCCGGAGCUUCUUCAGCACAAUCCGGUGCAUAAGAAGAUACCGGUGCUCCUCCACCGGGGGAAGGCGAUUGCAGAGUCGCUCGUCAUCCUCGAAUACGUUGAUGAGGUCUGGAGCAGUUCUGGCAUUCGUCUUCUUCCGGAGGAUGCUUAUGAGAGAGCCAUGGCUCGGUUCUGGGCCAAGUUUUUUGACGAUAAGUGCAUUCAACCUCUAUGGAUGUCAUGUUGGACUAAGGGAGACAUGCAAAAACACCUUUUAGAGGAGUCCAAGUUGCAUCUAACCACCAUGGAAGGAGCUUUGAAAGAUAAAAAAUUCUUUGGAGGAGAAGAAAUAGGACUUGUGGACAUUGUUGUCCUCUGCUCUGUUUAUUGGGCUCAGAUAGCUCAGGAUGUGUUUAAAGUUGACGUUAUCAGCGAAGAAAAGCAUCCCAUUUUAUGCAGAUGGAUGAAAGAAAUUACUAAUUCUGAUGUGUUGAAGGAUUGCUUGCCUCCUAGAGAUGAGCUUUUUCUUGUUUUUCAGACUAAUAAAGAUGACAUUGCUGCUUUAAUGACUGCCAGGUAUGGCUCUAAUUAGAUGUUGAGUGAUGAGAAAUGAUGUGAAAGUUUGUAUGAUGUAUGUUGUAUCAGCUUUUUGUUGUUUUGAUAUGUUGGAGAAAAAUAAGUUUUUGUUGACAAUUUGGUU